AUGGCAAUCUUACGAAGGACACUGGUUCUGUUACUUAUCCUCUUCUGUCUUACCACUUAUGAGCUUCACGUUCACGCUGCUGAUGACGCAAAGGUCGGUGAAGGCGUAGUGAAAAUCGAUUGUGGUGGGAGAUGCAAAGGUAGAUGCAGCAAAUCUUCGAGAACGAAACUGUGCUUGAGAGCGUGCAACAGCUGUUGUACCCGAUGCAACUGUGUGCCACCUGGUACUGCCGGAAACCACCACCUUUGUCCUUGCUACGCCUCCAUUACUACUCACGGUGGCCGCCUCAAGUGCCCUUAA